AUGGAUGAUAUGAUAUUUGAAGCUGUUGGACAGUGCAAUCCUGAAUCUAUCUCACAUAGUGCUGCAGAAAGGCCUGGCGCUUCUCCCUUUUCCGAUUCAACUUCUUCGGCCACUACUACUUCUGCUGAGCAACCUCGUCGCCGUGGUAGGGCUAACACGGAGAACAGAACAUCAACAUCUUCACAUCCACUGUCACGUCCCUGCGCAAGUGACGCUUGUACAACUAUUGUCGCUUAUCUCAUGCAGUUCAAUAAGAGUGCAGAUGAGGAGUUUUCACGCAAAGCAAUCGAGUCAUUAACGAAAAAGCUGAAAGACAAGAGAGAUGAACUAGAUGCGCUAAUAGCUUGUUGCGGAAGUGAAGGAAAAGAAGCAGACAAAUGUGUAACCAUAGCUCGCACUCUUGAUGGACGGCUACAAGUGGCUGGUCGAAAAGGUUUUCCUCAUGUUGUUUAUGCACGUGUGUUUCGCUGGCCAGACUUACACAAAAACGAGCUGCGGCAUCUUAGCAUCUGCGAGUGCGCUUUCGACCUGAAGUGUGAUUCUGUGUGCGUCAAUCCAUAUCAUUGCGAGCGCAUCAUGAACCCUACGCUGAGCAACCUUAGCAAUCUGGAUCUGGCUUCCUUGAAGCUGGAGCAACGUUCUCCUCCCGACGCCAAUGAUCCAGACAUCGAUCGACUCACUGCACUAUAUAGAGAUUUUCGUCCUGAAGGAGCUUGGAAUUCUACUGCGCCAUUUGGUCAACAACAGCAAAAGAUUUCACCUCAAGCGCCGAACACAUUUGGGUCGCCUUAUCCUCAAGCUCCAUCUUGGGCACAAAAAUCGAUUGUUGCUCCACCUAAUAAUCAUGUAUUUGGAGUAUCUGAUAAAGCAGUCGUGUCACCGUUUGCGGAGCCUGCGCUUGGACAACCUCAUGCUCAUCUUCAGUUGCCUCCACAGCCUUUACAGUCUGUUGAAGGUGCCGUGCAGGUACAGCCAAAUGUUCAGACGCAGUCAAAUCAGGUUAUCACCACUCUCAAUGAGAAGGAAAAGAAACCAUUAUCGCGACCAGGCCCAGGCCAACCUUACGGCAAUCUUUUUGAUACCAAUUGGGGAUGUUUCGUUUACUAUGAAAGAGAAGUGCAGAUCGGACGGCUACAGGUAAAGCAUAGUGAUAUGUACAUUGACGGUGGUUUUGGCCAAGCUUCGAACAGAUACUGUCUUGGGCGCGAAAACAAUCCGCUUCGAGAACAAGACUGCCACCUUGUGAGGCAAACAAUAGGAGACGGUAUACGUUUGUCUUUCAAAGAAAAUGGUGACGUCUGGGUGCAAGUCUACACAGGACGUGCCAUAUUUGUUCACUCCCAUUAUCUAGAUCGAGAAUCUGGAAGAAGUACUGGUGAUGUUGUACACAAAGUGUAUCCAGGAGCGAAAAUUAAGAUUUUCGAUUUGAAUAAUGCCAAAGCCAUUCUCCGACAACACAUGGUUGCAUGCCAAAUGGCAAAAGAGUAUCUGUCCGGUCAAAAAACACCUAUGGACGAUUUAUUUCGCAUGUAUAAAAAGGAUAAACUAGACGAGGAAGCCAAGAAAGGCGCUGACGACAUGAAGCGAUUUUGUGUUGCGCGCAUAUCUUUCGUGAAAGGUUGGGGACCGGAUUACAGCCGAAAGACCAUAAGUGAAUGUCCAUGUUGGAUUGAAGUCAAAAUGAACAGGUACCUUUCUCUUCGUUCUUCUCUUCGAUUUAUUACUCAUUUUGUGGUAAAAUGGUAA